GGCUCAAGUGCACUGGUUUGGGCAUCAAGGUGCUGCAAGCUUGCAGCCAGGCCCCAUGGGUCGGCGUCGCAGCGAGUCAAGGUCAUACAGCUACUACAGCGAUAGCCGCAGCCCUUCACGUGAUCGCAGACGUCGUCGGCGGCGCUCCCGGCGCCGGCACCGUGGAAAGCGCUUGAGCACUGUAGACAGAUUCAUCCGAGAGAAUGAACUGAACGAGUCGGCUGCGGCCAGACUACGCGGUGCCACGAAAGAGGUUCGUGAUGCCUGCAUUGACCAAGGCUGGAAUGUGAUCGAGAAUGCGCGCAAUGCCAGCGCCGUGGUGAUCUCUCGCAUUAAGAAGAUCGAAGAUGGCAUGCGGAAAAAGGCGGAGCGGAGCCGCUCGCGGCGCUCGCGCUCCCGCCGCUCCCGGCGCUCGCGGAGCCGGCGCAGCCCGAAGCGGAGCGGAGCCGGUGGAGAUCGCGACAAGAAGGAGAAAGGCGAGAAAGGGGAUGAAGCGAAAGAUGGAGACGCGUCUAAUACCAAGGGUGGCCGGAAGAAAAGUGGCAGCCGAAGCCGGAGCCGCUCAUGAUGGUAGGACUUCCUUUGCAUCAGUUCAAAACAGUUUUAUGGCCCGGAACCGCUUUAUACCUUACUUAUAUAUGUUUCUGCUCUUCUUUGAUUUGGUUGUGCUUGUUGCAUGGGAAGUUUCAAAGCGGUGUUGGUUCUAAGCUUGGCGUCUCACAAAGAGGUAUUUUCCUCAGGUGAAGAAGUGCAAGAGAAUUGGCCUUUCGGAGAGCUCCGUGACAGUCC